CUCAGACCAUGGAAACCGCGCCUCGCUGGUAAAACUUCAAUAUGGCGUGAGGGCGCAGAUUUGCGAAAAAAGCAGCAUAUCAGUCAAAAAACAAUAACUUCCCAUGAGAGGUUUUCGAGACUUAAUUGCUGUUUUAGAUUUUGGAGCGGUAAAGUACACGGACACCUUAUUGAGGUGACCUGGCGGGAUUCGCUAUGCGCAAAACUCACUCAGCGUCAAGUUUCCUUCUUUUGGUACUCAUCGUGGGUUCGAUGGGCCCCUCCUGGCAAGAAAAGGUUCUAAAGAAAGGAAGUUAUAGUGUUCCAUUGAGGCGAACGAAAAGAGAUCUACGCGAUAGCCGAGGGAAUCCAACUGAAAAUUUGAAAGGUCGGCCUGGGCAAGGAUAUUACAUAUCGACAGAUCUUGGGAGCCCUCCUCAAAGAAUAAAUGUCCUUGUUGAUACUGGAAGUAGUAAUUUUGCUGUUGCAGCAUCUCCACAUCCAUAUCUCCCCUUCUACUUUCAUACGGACAGGUCAAGUUCGUAUCAAGAUCAAAACAGACCUGUAGCAGUUCCGUAUACACAGGGAAACUGGGAAGGAAGACUAGCAUCUGAUUUGCUACAUUUUGUUGAGGGACCAAAUGCUACUGUGCGUGUCAAUGUUGCAGCCAUUCAGUCUUCAGAGAAUUUUUACAUCAAUGGUUCUAUGUGGGAAGGAAUCUUAGGACUUGGCUAUGCAAGAUUAUCAAAGCCUGAUUCAAGUGUACUGCCAGUGUUUGACCAAUUUGUUAAUGCUGGAGUUGUUAAGGAUUCUUUCUCCAUGCAAUUAUGUGGUAGUAGUGAAAUUGACUUUUCUUCUGAGCCUACUGUUGCUGGCACAAUGGUUUUUGGUGAAAUUGAUAAUGAGUUGUAUGAAGGUGAUCUUCUCUUCACUCCAGUGGUAAAGAAAUGGUACUAUGAAGUUGUCAUAACUGACAUUGCAGUUGGCGGAGAGAGUUUGGCCUUAGACUGUAAAAAGUACAAUUAUGACAAGACAAUUGUGGACAGUGGAACAACAAAUUUAAGAGUUUCAGAAGAAGUCUUUGAUGCUAUUCUUGAAAGACUCAAGAAAUUUGAUAAGCUGGGUGUACCAGAUGAGUUUUGGAUUGGUCGACAGAUGAUGUGUUGGAAUUAUGACAAGACUCCUUGGGAGGAGUUUCCAGAUAUGUCCAUUUCACUUCUCUCAACGAUCAGUAAUUCUAAGGAGUUCAGGCUCAAGAUAUCUCCCCAGCUUUACCUGAGGGAAACAAUAGAACGUGGUCCUCUUCCUGGACAGCACUGCUAUAAGUUUGCUAUAACUAAAGCUGACAAAGGAACAGUGAUAGGUGCUGUGAUUAUGGAGGGAUUUUAUGUUGUCUUUGAUAGAGAAAAUGUCCAGGUUGGCUUUGCAGCUACAACAUGUGGAGCUGAGGGUCGUCUUAACCCUAGUUCUGAAGUAUCUGGACCCUUCAGUAGAGAUGCAGUGGACUGCGAGUACAUAGAGACAGAAAGUUCUGAUACUGCACUUCUCACAGUUGCAUAUGUCAUGGCAGGGGUGUGUGGAUUGUGUCUGCUGCCAAUUUUUGUUCUCUUGGCUCAAGCUAGUUGUAAGAGAAAAAAACAGCAUGAGCAAAUUCCACAAAGUGAGAUUGCACUUGGAGCAACUGACACCACAAACCUUAAAGAUGAUUUCUGAUAUAAUUUUGCAACAGUGUCGUGGCAGUACGUCAAUGAAACUCCACCAAAAACAGGUUUGAGGACACUCAAGACUUGCAUCAGUGGUCACUGGAGUACUUGCAAACUCAGGUUUCCAGGAAAAAUUUAAUUGUAGAACUAUAUCUCAACCUUAAGUGGUGCAUGGUGAACAAUAUUCUUCAGUCUUGAAGGUGCUAUUGGCUGAUCACUGCAAGCCAGUUUGGUCAUGCUGUACAUGGCAGUGUGUGUGUGUGUGUGUGUGUGUGUGUGUAUAUAUUUAGUAUAAUUUCAGAGCUGAGCAAAGAGUUUCCAGCAAU